AACAAAAUGGCAUUCAAGGCAAAUAUCUUGCUUAUAUUUUCUUUGGUUCUUAUGAUUAUAUCAUCAGAGGUUAUUGCAAGGGAAAUGGUUGAGGCAAAUGAAGUUCAAAAUACAUUUGAAUUGAACAACCCGACUCUCCAAAAAAAAGGUGGUGGUGGGAAAGGUGGGGGAUCAUUGUUUCCUAAUAUAGCGUGUUUUGGUUGCAGUUGCCCAAAAAAAAAUGAUAAUAAUAAUAAUAAUAAUAACGACGAUGACGAUGAUGAUGAUGAUAGUUUCAUCGGUAAUGUUUGUAAAGCCAUUUGUUGUUAGAGAAACAAAAGAAUCACAAGAUAUAUCAUUUUCUUCUGAUCCACUACUCAAUAUUAUAUGCUUUAUGUAAUAAUAAUAUGAGAUUGGUUGAAUAAAGGAAAAGUUUGUAUUAUA